UCAGCAUGACUGCAGGAGUGUGUAGGAUUGCAGGAUGGGCAUGCCAGAGGAUUUUCGGAAAGGACAAGUACAAAUGUCUCCCGGCUUCGCCCUCCACCGCAUCACCGCGUGUCCGUGUGUCUCACCGGCCAGCUUUCCUCCUCGGUGUCCAACAUGUAUCGCCAUCUAGCGCUCAUCACCGCCGCGGCGGCAGCAUUCUUGCAAGGCGUACAUGCCAUAGCCCUCCCUGAGACUGCCGCUUCAUCGUCAUCAUCAUCGUCAUCCAAUCCCGGUCUCUGCUUCAACGAUGUCGCCCCUUUGGUGCCGACCAAGUGGAAGGGCCAGAAAUAUGGCUGCAAAUGCUAUCUAGGAGACAAAUGCUGGCCGUCCGCCAGAGAGUGGCGACAGCUGAACAGCACUGUCGACGGCAGGCUGGUAGUCAACAUCCCGCCCGGCGCGCCCUGCCACAACACCUUCAAGGGUCCGCUGGGGACGGUGCACUCGUACAACGCAGCCGCCUGCGCCGAGGCCAACGCCCAGUUUACAAACGAGACCUGGCUCAUCAACAAGCCGGCCGCAGAGCUCUGGACAUAUUUCACCAACGAGACCUGCCGGCCAACUGACAACCCCUCUGCUCCCUGCACUCUCGGAUACUACCCCAUCUACGUGAUCGAGGCCACCAAGAAGCAGCACGUCAAGGCCGGCAUCGACUUUGCGCGCAAGUCGGGCAUCCGGCUGAUCGUCCGCAACACCGGACACGACUUCAUUGGCCGCAGCACGGGCUGGGGGUCUCUCGUGAUCAACACCCACAGCUUCCAGGACGUGUCUUGGCUCAACAGCUACAGCGGCCCCGGCUCUUACCACGGCCCGGCUGUGAAGCUUGGCGCCGGUGUGCAGGGCAGGUCCAUCCUGACCAAGGGUCAUGCGCGCAACCCCCCCGUCGUUAUCGUGACCGGAGAGUGCCCGACCGUUGGAAUCACUGGAGGAUUUAUCCAGGGCGGAGGCCAUGGCCCUUGGACGACAGUAAAGGGAUUCUCUGCCGACAAUGUGCUUGAAUUUGAGGCUAUAACUGCCGCUGGACAAUACGUCACUGCAAAUGCAAACGUCAACUCGGACCUCUUCUGGGCCCUGAAGGGUGGCGGCCCGGGCUCCUAUGCUGUCGUCCUGUCGGUGACCAUGAAGACAUUCCCCGACGUCAAGAGCUCCGGCGCGAGCCUGUAUAUCAACGCGACGCACACGACCGACCCGGACACCUUCUGGAACGGCGUGACCAUCUACCACAAGUGGUCGAACCACUUCGUCGACAGCGGCCUCUACGCGUACUGGGAGAUGUACCCGGAGACGCUGCGCGUCCGUCCGUUCGUCGCCAUCGGCAAGACGAAGCCCCAGCUCCAGGCGAUUCUGCAGCCGUUCCUGGACGAGCUUGACGCCAACAACAUCCCGUACGAGUUCGACAUCAAGCAGUUCCCGACCUUCUACGACCUGUACAUCGACCUGUUCGAGGACGAGGAGUCGGGCAGCUCGGUGAUGGUGGGCGGCUGGAUGUUCGACCACGACGACGUGACGCAGCGCAAUGACGACAUCAUCGACGCCUUCAAGACGGUGCUGGCGCCGCGCCCCGAUCUCAGCGGCCUCAUCAUCGGCCACCUCUUCAACCCGGGCUACGGCCUGCCCGUGGCCAACAGCGCCACCCACCCGGCCUGGCGUCACGCCACCGACUUCACCAUCUUCGUCCUGCCCGUGCCCGACGGGGCGUCGCUGGCCCAGAAGGCGGACCUGCAGAACGUCGUCACUAACACCAUGGACGGCGCCUUGAAGGCUGCCAGCAACAGCGGUUGCACUUACGUCAACGAGGCUGAUCCGUACCAGGACAACUGGCAGAGCCACUUCUGGGGCUCGUCCUACCCCAGGCUGAAGCAGAUUCGGGAGAAGUGGGAUCCCCUAGGUGUGUUCUACGCCAUCUCCACGCCGGGAACGGAGGGUUGGCAGGAGAUUGAGGAUGGCACGAAGCUGUGCAAGAAGCUAUAAGCGGCGUUUUCCUGUUUCCGAGGACGUAGAUCAUUCAAUCCAGGCCUAGCCAUUUUUGCAAUGCCCCCCCCCAUUCGUAUCAACGGUCUUUUCCGUUCAAUCAAUGUGCCCCUAAAAUUGCUUGUCGGCCCUUUACACUACGUGUGCCGCUCCAUCGCGCAGUCCCAAGUAUCCUGAAGUAUCGUCCGUACCACGCUUUGAUGUAUCCUUGAACUCGGUCGGUACUCGUCCGUACCGUCCUUUAUACGGGGAUGGUCGAGGCAGGAUCAGCCCUCGGGGAAGAACCAAUCGAGUGUUCUCUACCCUCCCGGAAGGGG